AUGCCGCGCUCCUUCCUCGUGGAUUCUCUGGUGCUGCGGGACACGGGCGAGAAGAAGGUGCCCGAGGGCACCCACGCCCCGCUCUUCCCCUACGCGGUCCAUCACCCGCCCCAUGCCCUCCACGGGCUGUCGCCGGGCGCCUGCCACUCGCGCAAGGCCGGGCUGCUGUGCGUCUGCCCGCUCUGUGUCACCGCCUCGCAGCUGCACGGACCCCCGGGGCCGCCCACCCUCCCGCUCCUCAAGGCCUCCUUCCCCCCGUUCGGCUCGCAGUUCUGCCACUCGCCCCUGGCUCGCCAGCACUCGUCCGUCGCCUCCGGGGUCAGCCACGGGCCGGCCGCCGCCCUCUACCAGACCGCCUACCCCCUGCCGGACCCCCGGCAGUUCCACUGCCUCUCCGUGGAUGGCACCUCCAGCCAGCUGCCGAGCAGCAAGAGGAUGCGGACGGCCUUCACGAGCACGCAGCUGCUGGAGCUGGAGCGCGAGUUCUCGUCCAAUAUGUACCUGUCCCGGCUGCGACGCAUCGAAAUCGCCACCUACCUCAACCUGUCCGAGAAGCAGGUGAAGAUCUGGUUCCAGAACCGUCGCGUCAAGCACAAGAAGGAGGGCAAGGGAGGGGGCGGCCACCGGGCCGGGGCGGCAGGAGGGGGUCCAGCCCAUCCCUGCAAGUGCUCCACCCUCCCUCCCGCCAAGGGCUCCGAGGACGACGACCUGCCCAUGUCGCCCUCUUCGUCGGGGAAGGACGAGGGGGAGCUCACCCCAUAG